AAACAUGUGCGCUCUGCCACAGCUAUUAAAACACGACUCACAUCCUUAAAAAAAAUAUCAUGCGCUACGUGGCCCCUUUAAAACGACACCGUUUCCUCUGCCACACGGAUCCACUUGAAAUCCGAGGUGUGAAUUGUUAUUCGAUUGUCACAAGCUAUGGUGAAGGACACUGCCUACUAUGACAUGUUAGAUGUCAAUGUUGAUGCAUCUGCUGCAGAGAUCAAGAAGGCUUAUUAUGUCAAGGCAAGAAUAGUUCACCCUGAUAAAAAUCAUGGGGAUCCUAAGGCUGCAGAAAAUUUUCAGAAACUUGGUGAGGCUUACCAGGUUUUAAGUGAUCCUGGGAAGCGUGAAGCAUAUGAUAAGCAAGGAAAGGAGGGAGUACCACAAGAUUCCAUGAUGGACCCUACAACUGUGUUUGGAAUGCUUUUUGGAAGUGAGCUUUUUGAAGAGUAUAUUGGAAAACUUGCACUGGCUUCUUUAGCAUCUAUAGAAAUUGAGGAAGACUCACAAGAUCCUGAAGUUCAGAGGCAGAAAAUUCAAGAAAAGAUGAAAGCAUGGCAGAAGGAAAGGGAACUGAAGCUUUCAACAAUUCUGAAAGAUCGCCUGCAUCCAUUUGUUAUUGGUCGAGAAGAUGAAUUUACAGGAUGGGCAAAGUCAGAAGCACGUAACCUUUCUAAUGCUGCUUUUGGAGAGGCCAUGCUACAUACAAUUGGUUAUAUCUACACACGAAAAGCUUCAAGAGAACUUGGAAAGGAUAUGAGAUAUAUGAACGUUCCCUUUUUGGCUGAGUGGGUGCGAGACAAAGGACACCGUAUUAAAUCACAAGUAACAGCAGCCUCAGGAGCUGUGUCCCUAAUUCAAAUACAAGAAGAGCUAAAGAAGCUAAACCAAGGAGAAAACAAAGAAGAAAGCAUAGUGAAAGCUAUUGAAGAAAAGAAGGAUGCCAUGAUUAAUUCUCUAUGGCAGAUCAAUGUGAUUGAUAUUGAAUCAACUCUUUCACGUGUUUGCCAAGCAGUUCUUAAAGAUCCUAGUGCCUCCAAAGAUGUUCUGAGGUCUCGGGCCAAAGCACUGAAAAAGUUGGGAACUAUAUUUCAAGGUGCUAAGGCUGCUUAUAACAGAGAAUACAGCCUACGUAAAGAAAGCAACAACCCAGCAGGUGCUGCUUCCUCAUCAUAGUCAUCUUGUUCAGUUUGUUUCAUACGGUUAUGUAUUGAGUUGGUUGUAUUCUUAUGGCCGUGUGGCUCUUAGUGGAUUCUAAACCUUUUCUUACAGUGCUGUUAAUAGGUAUGGUAUGUAAUUUCACUUGGACUUAUGGAUUGGACUAACCUACCACAAUUACACACACUUGUACUUAAUUAUUAUUAUAUAGUUUAUAGUGAUGAUUGAUUUCAUUUCAUUUCA